CAGCUUUACCAUUCCUCAAAUCAUGGACGACCAUACACUUCCGGUUACAAAAAAUAAAAUGAAAAAUAUGUCAAAACAUGAUAAAAAGCUACUUAAAAAGCAGCAUAGAUCCAUCGGAACGUUACUCAAACAUUCAGCAACUCAACCUUCAACGACUCCAACAAAGUUUCUUUAUGUAGGAAAUGCUGGAUUGGGCAAUGGUAUCCAACGGGAACAAGUAUUCAAUCUUUUUUCCAAAUAUGGACAGAUAUCAGAUAUAAGCACACCUGUGGGCAAACCAUAUGCUUUUGUUAGCUACACAUUAGUUGAAAGUGCGAAAGAUGCAAUGGAAAAUCUCAAUGGAGCUGUGAUAGCUUGUGAAGAAAGUCAAGCACCAAACUGUAGUAGUGGAGUAAAUAUUUAUAUUGCCUAUGUUGAACCAGGUUCUGAUGUUAACUCCAAAAAUCUCAAAUCUGAAUUACCCGAGGGACUGAUCAUUUUGGAAGAGUUUGUUUCAGAGGAAGAGGAGCAAUCAUUAUUAGCAGCAAUUGAUUGGAAUGACAGGACCCCUGAUUCUGCUAUUGGGUCAUUAAAGCACCGGAAAGUGAAGCAUUAUGGCUAUGAGUUCCUCUAUGGUAUAAACAAUGUCGACCUGAACUGCCCUCUAAAGGAUGGUAUACCAUCUCAAUGUGAACAAGUUUUAGAUAGACUCAUUCAGGGAAAGUAUAUUACAUCAUAUCCAGAUCAGCUGACAGUGAAUCAGUAUGCACCUGGCCAAGGAAUUCCGCCACAUAUUGAUACGCAUUCAGCUUUUGAGGAUGGUCUGGUAUCUAUUAGUUUGGGCUGCCAAGUUGUAAUGGAGUUUAGACACCCCAGUGGUAACAUCAGUCCUGUUUUAUUACCAAGGAGAAGUGCAAUGGUGAUGACAAAAGAGUCUCGAUAUGUUUGGAGUCAUGGUAUUACCCCUAGGAAGUUUGACAUUGUUCCCUGUUCAUCAAAUGACCCUGCUAAUUCUGGCCUAACUCUGUCUAAGAGAGAAACUAGGACCUCAUUGACCUUCAGGAAAUGUCUUGUAGGACCCUGUCAAUGCAAUUACCAAGCACAGUGUGAUUCACCCAGGGAUACUGUGAACUCACUGCUUGAUGUCAAGAAUGAGGAGGCUGAUGUACUAGAAGAGGAACAUGUUCAUAAGGUAUAUGAGGAGAUAGCAGGUCACUUCAGUGCAACAAGACAUACUCCCUGGCCAAAGGUGAAGUCCUUUGUUGAGGAUAUAGCCCCUGGUAGUAUCUUGGCUGAUAUUGGCUGUGGUAAUGGUAAAUAUCUAGGAAUCAACAACAGCAUUGGCCAGUUUGGCUGUGACAGGAGCAGCAAUCUCGCUGGGAUAUGUCUGGAGAGAGGUCACCAGGCUUUCGUAUGUGAUGCCCUUAAAGUGGCAAUGAGGGACAACUCAGUAGAUGCGGCAAUAUCUAUAGCAGUUAUUCAUCAUUUCUCUACACAGGCCAGGAGAGUGAAGGCAAUCGAGGAACUAGCAAGGAUACUACAACCCAAAGGUAGAGCUCUGGUGUCUGUCUGGGCUGUUGAACAGAAACUACACAAGAAAAAAUCAAAUUAUCUCAAAGAAAUCAAACAAACUAAUAUCCAGUGUGAGGAUUCUGUCAACAGGCAAAUUGAUUUAAAAUGUGGGAACCAAAGUCAAGAUAAACAAAUGGAUGAUAGUCAGAAUGACACUGACCAAGUAGUCAAGGGUCAAGAUGACCAUAAUCAAGGGGUUAAGGGUCAAUAUGACCCUAAUCAAGGGGUUCAGUGCCAAGAUGGCCUUACUCGAGGGAUUAUGCAACAAAAGAACUGUAUAAAUGGGGAAAAUAAAGAUGUCUCUAUCUCAACUGCAACAGGUGAAAAACCUUAUGCAAAUGUGCAAAGUAAAUCAGAAAGGACAGAAAAAGGGGAAUCUUUGUCUCGUAUUGAACUCAAAACACACGUAAAUAGAACUGAAUUUAAGUCCCAAGAUAUGUUUGUUCCCUGGCACCUGAAAAAUAAAACAAGGGAAAAGAAAGAUAAUCCUGUAUGUUCAAAUGAAAAGGUAUACCAUAGAUAUUACCAUGUGUUCAAACAGGGCGAAUUGGAGGAAUUGUGUAGAUCAGUGCCAUCUAUUGCAGUUAAAGAAAGUUAUUAUGAUCAGGGAAACUGGUGUGUUAUAUUUGAGAAAGAGUAAAGAUAAUGCACAAGUGAAUUAUUUAUGAAACUGACAGUAUGCACCUGUUGAGAUAAGCUUUGGAGAAAUAAAUGCUGAAAAC